UUAAUUGUCAGCUUUACAAAUCAAGACUGAUUCGCAAUACCUUUUAGUCAUGCUCACUAAUUCAUUCAACUUCAGGUUCCGCUUGAUUUGACGAUCCAACGAUGGUAGGGAUAAAUACCAAGCUUUCUCAGCUGCAUGUUGUUGCCAUCCAAUGGUCCGUACAUACAUAGCCUCAACAUCAUCAGAAUGACCGAUAGAAAUCUCCAGUUUCUUCAGCGCCAGACUUCGCCGUCCACCGGCCUCUCCUACCUCACCAACGCCACGAUUCCGCAGCCCUCGAUCCAGCAAAUCUCCCUCUUCAUCCCGGGUUUUGGCUGUCCAGCCACCGACUACAUUCCCCUGAUCACUCACCUCCACACCCCCGACCACGCCCUCAGCGCAGGCCACGUCUAUGUCGUCGUCGACCUCCCAGGCCACGGCCAGUCACCCAACUCCAUCCUACCCACCCCUGAGACCGGAGGAAUCAACGAGCUCCUCGUUCAGCUGCACGCAGAACUGCUCUCCACCCACCUCCCAUCCUCAUCCCCCAGCUCUAACCAGUCUCCAAUCCCCACCACCCUCUACGGUCACAGCAUGGGCACCUUGACCGUCCUCGACCUUUUUGCCCACACACUCACUACCGCCCCCUCUCCCCUCAAAGUUACGGGGAUAAUCCUCCUCGACGGCCCCUACGCUGGCACGACACCCCCGACUCCCUUCGACCUGACAACCCUCGCCACGUACGCCGAACACUAUCGCAGCACCAUGCCCGACCGCAUCGCCCAGUGUUUCGGCCCGCACACCAGCCCGGAAACUGUCGCCACCGUGCAGGAAACAUACUCCCGCCUGGACUUCGCGUACCUCAUACGGAUGUCGCAUUACUACGGGACGGUCGAUGGGCGAGUCGCGCAGAUCCUGCACGCCCUCAACCGCCACAACGACCAGUUGGUGGCAACGGGCGAAGACCCAGUACGGUUGCUGGACGUGCAAAGCCAGGAGGGCGAUUUCGAGAACGAGCGGAAGAGCCUUCGCAAGGGCGACGUGACGGCGCACGCGGCGUUUGUCCGGGAGAAACUGGAUGGGCGGUGGUUGCGGGAGUAUGUCGUGGAGGGGACGGGGCAUUUUCCGCACCUGGACGAUGUGGAAGAGGUUGGGGGAGUAAUUAGAGGCUUCCUUACUGAGGAGUUGGUUUAGAUUUUGAGACUUCGAUUAG